UCUGUCAGAGAUGAAGUGAUCCCGGAUGAUCCAGAGUCCGGGAGAGGACGGAGUGUGUGUGAGCGCAGAGCUGAAGGUCUGAGCGGCUCCUGGUCUCGGCUGUACCCGGGUCAGCAGCAGCAGCAGCUGUGUGUGUCACAUAGAAAGGACAGAUGAGCUGAGCGUGUACCUGCAAGCUGAGAGUGUGUGAGCGGCUCAGAGGCAGAUCCUCUGCAGAACACGCCCUGAUAGAAAAGGUAGACAGACAGACACACACACACACACACACACACACACACAUACACUGAUCACUGAGGAGCCGAGCUGCUUUACCUGAAAACAACAGCCCCAAUGCUCCAGCUCUGCAGGCUCACACCACCGGACACCUACCAAAUGAAAUCAGGACGAGUGUAUUCCCGCAAACUUUGGUUUGUCCCUCGGAGCUUUCUUCCCGUCUGCAGCCCGGAGCACCUGGACUCCCCGCGGGACUCGGUGGAGGAAUAAGGGCUGGUCGUCGCAGCAGCAGAGCGCUAACACACCGGCUGGGCUGAGCACCAUGAGUAGGAAGACACGGCGCUGGAUUUUCCAUUUUUUCCUGUGCCUUGGAGUAGUGUAUCUGAAAAUCGGGGGUCUGUCGUCGGUGGUUGCACUGGGAGCGAGCAUCAUCUGUAACAAAAUCCCCGGCUUGGCCCCCCGUCAGAGGACUAUCUGUCAGAGCCGACCCGACGCGAUCAUAGUGAUCGGAGAGGGAGUUCAGAUGGGGAUCAAUGAGUGUCAGUUUCAGUUCAGACACGGACGCUGGAACUGCUCGGCCCUGGGGGAGAGGACCGUGUUCGGGAAAGAGCUCAGAGUGGGCAGUAAGGAGGCAGCGUUCACCUAUGCUAUCAUCGCUGCUGGGGUCGCCCAUGCAGUCACCGCGGCCUGCACCCAGGGGAGCCUGAGCGGCUGUGGCUGCGACAAGGAGAAACAGGGUUUCUACAACCAGGAGGAGGGCUGGAAGUGGGGCGGCUGCUCUGCGGACGUUCACUACGGCCUGGGCUUCUCUAAGGUGUUUGUGGACGCGCGGGAGAUCAAGCAGAAUGCCAGGACCCUCAUGAAUCUACACAACAAUGAAGUGGGACGCAGGGUCCUGGAGAAGGGCAUGCGCCUGGAGUGCAAGUGUCACGGCGUGUCGGGAUCCUGCACCACCAAGACGUGCUGGACGACGCUCCCCAAGUUCCGUCAGCUGGGAUACAUGCUCAAGGACAAGUACGACCAGGCCGUGCACGUGGAGCCGGUGCGAGCCAGCCGCAACAAGCGCCCUACCUUCCUAAAGAUCAAGAAACCCCACUCCUACCGCAAGCCCAUGGACACGGAGCUGGUCUACAUCGAGAGGUCGCCCAACUACUGCGAGGCCGACCCUUUGACUGGCAGCAUGGGAACACAAGGUCGCCUGUGCAACAAAACGCUUCAGCAGCCCAACAGCUGCGACCUGAUGUGUUGUGGUCGAGGAUAUAACACGCAUCAAUACUCACGCGUUUGGCAGUGCAACUGCAAGUUCCUGUGGUGCUGCUACGUCAAAUGCAACACCUGCAGUGAGAGGACAGAGGUGUAUACCUGUAAAUAGAAAUAUUUAUUGGACAAGUAUUAAGAAGCACAGCUAGACCGGACUGCGUGCGGGUGUGUGCACGUGUGUGCGUUGUUAAUGUAUUUCAGAAUAAGACUGGCUGCGGAGCUACUACCUUGCUGGCAUUACAACAAUCACGACAACCGGUUUCUGCAACGUGUGUUGAUUAUACUGAUGCCAAUGGACAUCUGCCAUAACACUGGACGCAACCUAUGGGCUCAUAAAUUGUAUUUUUAUUUUUCAAGUUGAAUGCCAUUUCAUGCCCCACGCUUGACUCUGCAGGCCAUACUGGUCUACUGGCACGACUCACCUCCAAACAGUGAUUUAUUUUCUAGACUAAUAAUUUAUUCAAUGAGAAAACUACUGAUGAUUUUGAAAACUCACUGUUGACUAAAUCUGGUAAGGUCUUAAGUUGGUGUAGGUGCCUUUUAGGCAUUUUAGUAAACAAAUAUUCAAGUGCACUUACGCAAAGAGAAAUUUACUUUUUCUUUAACAAGACAACUCACACACUGGAGCUGAAAACUGAAACGACACAAACUGAACUCGACUGAAUGACAUAUUUGGGACCAUGCAGCCUAUGUGCAUUAAGCCUCGCAGAAGAACAUUAAACUACUGAUCCUGGGCUCGGUAUGAUAGUAUUGUUUUCUACUUGUUUCUGUCCCCUCUGCCCUACAGUUUGCUGCUAGUUGUCUGGAAAGUUAUGGAGUUUGUGACUGAGCAGCCAUAUUGACGGUUCAAGCUAAGUUGACACCACCAGAAGCAAACGCGAGCUUCCAGACAUAAAUUCCCCUUAAUGUUGGUUGAUAGAAUAUAUUUUGUAAGAGAUUAUUUUUAUAUAAUAUUUUUUUUAUUUAUUUUCUAUCUCUAUGUAAGAUAUUUUUCCCUUAGCAUUUCUAACUGUUCAGUUACUGAGUUUAAAGGAGAUGACCCACUGAAACACUGUUUUAAAAAUGUGCCUUGUUUCUCAGCAGCAGAAUAUAAUGUUAUACAGAAAUAUGCGGUAUUGUGAUUUGUAAUACAUGUCAGGAAACAUUAUCUCACCUUGCCUUGCUACCUAUCGAGAGCCAAAGUCCUGACGUCACUUCCAGGUUAGCUGCUGUUCCACAAAAGUUUGUAUGACUCAGUGCCAUCGGUUGUACAGGGUUUCUUAAGAUGUCUCUCUAAAAAGGUAAAACGUGUUUUUGUGGUUUACUAUCCAUAUUCUAAAAUACUCUAGUAUCUAUUACAGCAUUUGGCAUUACAAUUUGAACCCUUUAAACCGUGAUUCAUUUGUUAGCAUACAAAAACUACGACUACUAUGCAUUUUUAACAGCGCAGUACACCAGUAGCACUUAUUAGUCAGCGUAACUGUGGUUCCUGACCCACUGUCUCUUUAGUCAUCUCUCCAGCUGUAAUCUCAGCUGUCUAACAAAACAUUUCCGCCAUUCUGCCCUUCCGCCAUCGUUUUAGCCACGACUAGCCGCAGCCUUUCUGUUGAACUAACGUUUAAGUAGUGCUUGUUAAAGACCACUAAAAUUGGAUUGAAUUGAACCACAUUGCAUACUUUUGACUAAGGUUAUGUUCCAAGGCUGUGUUUUUAGACAUUUGUGUUACUACAAAUGUGAUGAGAUUUUUCGGCUGGAUUCAAUGGUGAAUGGCUACGAUGCAUUCUGGGUUCGCCACCGCCGCUGUCGGAACUGGUCACUGCCAUUGUAGACAAAGCGUGUGAUUCCACCGGAUGUUUAAAAUAUUCGCCUGAUCUAUUUUUGACAGAAGCUGUGUCAAGCUGCACAGAGCAGAUCGACAGGAAGUCAGAAACAGGAACAGCAUAGAUACAGUGCUGUGCAGACUCCCAAUUGUAAAAACGGACAAAAGAAAAGCAAAUCUACAAAAUCAUUAUGAUUGGGUCAACAAAAUGAGGCAGCAAAACGCUUGUCACAGAGCUGGUGGAAUCAAGGCGUUAUACUUCAGGAACAGAAUCCGGGAGUUAUGACUUUGCUUUGGCUUUCUAUAGGGUUAACCAUAAAUCCACAGAUAUACAGUUUGUGCUUUUUGUCAAGUCUCUCACUAACACCAACUAGGGCUGGGUAUCAUUUCAUAUUUUCCGUGCCUUUAAUUAGAGAAAUUAAGGAAAUGAGGGGAGAGAUAGAUUUUGAUAUUUUUUGAGUUUACCAAAACCAAAACAAAAUAAAUAACGAAUAAAAAAAUCAAGAUCAUGCAUUCAAAUCCAACCUUUGAUACUAUGGACACAUUUCAGACAGUACUCAAUAAAGGUUUGAUACCCAGCCCUUAUACUUAAAUAUAAAACAAUCAGACAUACCUUAACAGGGACAUUAGUGACCAGUUGCAUUAGUACAGUAUCAGGACAGGUUGAUUAUAGAUAGAACUGUAACAUGCCUUCAUCACAGGAGGGUACACUACGGUUAUGGUUGCAGAAACAAUGCAGUUUUUUCUCAGUUCUCUUGUUUGGUUCAUACAGACAGUUUCUAGUGAAUGGCAGUCAUGACUGACUCAGUCCUCAUUAAAGGUUGUUGUUGUAUGCCAUUGAACUGAUGAAAUGAUAUCAACCACCUGCUGUAGAGCUCUUAAAUCAGAGGUCAAUGCUGUUCAUGUAAAACCAGUCUUUUUAUUCGUCUUUGGUUAAUAAAUCUUGUCUGAGAAUUAA